UACCUAAUGAGUGGUUGAGUUAACGAAGUAAACAAAAGUAGUAGUAAAACUAGCUAACGUUAGCUCAUUAUGUUUGCUAACCAUGUUAGAAACUUUGAUAACGUGUUUCCUGCACUCAAACCAAACUAAAUUAACGUAACGUUAUUUCACGAAACUUAACUGGCAUCGCUGCAAUUAAGUUUGUGGUUAGCCAGUAACGGUAAUGCUGUCACAGGUUGCUAGGUUAGCUAAAGCUAAGUUUAAGCUAAGUUUUUUAGGUUAACAGACCCUAAUAUUGUCACGUCCAUCCAGAUGGAGGCUUCUUUGGGAUCUCUGCAGAAUCCUGACCUCAGCUCUGUCCUGUCAUCAUGUGAGCCAGAGCUCCAGGAGCUGAUGAGACAGAUUGACAUCAUGAUCAGUCAUCAGAAGAGGGAGUGGGAGGCUCAGAUUCAGGCCAUGGAGCUCAGGAUGAAGAGUGGGGAAGAGGAGCUGUUGGCCUCCAGGAAUCUCAUUGAACGGAGGGACCUGGAGGUCGGAUUGCUCUGCAAGCAGCUUGAAGAAGUCCAGUCUGGUCGACAAGAGUUAGUCACCAAGUACGAGCAGCAACUGCAGAAAGUCAAGGAAGAGUUGGAUAAAUUAAAGAGGAGUUAUCACAAGCUUCAGCGCAAACACCUCAAAGAGACCAGUGGAGGAGCGAAUCCUAAAGAGGCAGACCGAUCAGAGGUGACACGACUCAAUGAAAAGAUCGAGGAAUAUCACCAUCGCUCUGCAGAGUGGGAACAGCAGCAUAUCCACUACCAAAAACAACUGACGGCACUGGAGGCCCAAAACAAGAGCCUGACUGAUGAGCUCACACACAUGAAGGCUCAGUUGGCGUCAUGGCAAAAGGAGAGGGAGCACAGGGAAUGCUGUGCACAGGUGCAGCAUCUGCGUGCUCAGCUGGAGAAGGCUCAGGGCAGCAUGCACUCACAGGAGCUUGAACUGGAACGCCUCCGACCGCUUGAGAUGUGGCUGGGACAGUACCAGAGGGAGAAGCAGGUCCUCUCAGAGGAAAGAGAAGAGCUCCACGCCACACUGGACUCCCAGGAUACAUUUGUGCGAAGAGCCAGCCUUGAACGCCAAAGACUUCGUAAUGAAGCUGCCAGACUCAACCAGGCGCUGCAAGCUAAAGAUCAAGUCAUUCGCUCUCUGGAGGACUGUCUGGCAGCUCAGGGCUGUGCUGGUGUGGAAACUCUCAGACAAGAUUUGGAGAAAACUGCGACCAAGCUUCACUGCGCCCAAUCAUGUGAGGCUCAUCUCAAGGCUGAACUAGCUGAGAUGAGAAAGCUCAGAGAAGAGCUUCAAAGGGCCAAGCAGACCCACAGUGGUGAGGUGGAGGGAAUGAGGAUGGAGGUGUCGAAGCUGACCGCUGAGCUGCACCAACGUGACGUCACCAUCGCCUCACUGAAAGGCUCCUCGUCCAGCAUCAAGCAGCAGCACCAUGGUGAUGUAGAGCGAGCAGAGCAGAAGGUGGCGGAGCUGAAAGUGACUCAGGCUCAGCUGGAGACUCUACAAACUGAGAACCAGCAUCUGAAGGCUCUGCUGCAGAGGCUGGAGUCUCAGUCACCAAAGGAGACCACCACCCGCUACGAAGGGCAGAUCCACAGCCUCUUCAAACAGCUGCACACCCUGUCCCAUUCCUCUGGAGAGCACCCCUGUAGCCAGGCCCAAGACAGCAGGCCUCACUCAGCAGCAUCCUCCUCCUCCUCCUCCUCUAGUAGCACAAGACUCACCAGGAGAAACUCAGUGCCAAAGCUGAGUUCAAAUGACUCUCCUGCUGAGGGGCAAAGCUCCGGCUCUGAAGCCUCUCUGGCCUCGGCAUCUGCAGAAAGAAUCACACCCUCUUCCUCUCCUUCUCCAGUGGAGCCUCCAUCAGUGUCUCCCACAAACCGAACAGUCUCUCGUUUCCUAGAGGAAGAGAACUUUCGGAUGAAAGAGCUGCUCCAGAAACUGGACACCCACAUCCACGGUAUGAGCGAGAACAACGCCAAGACAGUUUCCAAGUACCAGCCAAGUGGCUCAGGGCCCGAGUCUGCCCAGGCUGCAGCACAGAAUGGUUAGUGAUGGAGUAAGGUUGAAUAAAUCAGGAAAUAUAAAAGUGCCUCGAACAGCAGUGCCGAAGACUACGUCCUGUACUGAAUUAAACUGCACGCGGUGGAGAAUUUAUGGGGUAUUUGCUGUGAGCCUCACUCGACUGAACUUUAGAGACAUCUAUUCUUAUUGUAACAGAGUUUGCACAGUUCUUUCUCAGAGCUUUGAGCUCUCCCAAGUGUUCAUAAGAACUGUCAAACGGAGCGAUUGUAAUUCAGAAAUUCCAGUGAGCUCUCAGGCUGCUCAGAGCUGUGGCCUCACACAGCCUGGCCUGCUCCGUCCCCACAGUGGAGGCCGUGUUGUAUGAGGUGACACAUAUGACACAGGAUUAGUCUUGUGCAGCUGAUUAGCUCAGAUUGUUGCCUGCAAUUUUUUCCUCAUUCUGUUUAUCAUGUAUUUAUUUUAUCUGUGCGGCGGCAGAAGCUAAAACCGAGUGUUUCAGCUUUUUUGUGUUUUCACUGAAGCUUAUCUUAAAGAACGAACGCCAACAAAGGCUGACUGAUUAAACGCUUUGCAUCACAUCA